AUGCCACGUCCCAAGGUUCGUGCUCAAGAUCGUAGACGCGCUGUGAUAGCCUGCGUGCCCUGCCAGAAUAGCAAGAAGAGAUGCGACUCGCAAACUCCAUGCGCCAAUUGCCGGCGACGGGACUGUGUUCCUUAUUGCAUCUACGAUCCAGAGGCUGCUCGGCCGCGACGUAUAAGCAGCAAGGCACAACGUCGAGCCACGGCCAGACAAGACGACAUCACGUCUAACAGCAACGACGAUGCCGCCAGCUUAGACUUGAUCGUUUGUUCUACUAUAGCCUCGUCUGUCAAUGAGAGCGAUACCCAUGAGCGCAUACAGGCACCACGGACUCCAGAGUCUACAGCUGGAGAGCAGUCCAACGAAACCCCCGGCACCAUCUCAUCACCUUGCAUGUCAAACGGCGGCAGUCAAGGCAGGGACUCAGAGGGCGAGAACUUAUCCAUGGGCGAUUCGGCAUCUCUCUCUUUCCUCGACUUCCUACGUCACAUGUUCCUCUGCUACAUGGGACCAUCCCCAUUCACCGACAAAGAGCGGGCCAAAGCUAUGUUGGAGUCGUCGUAUCCCCAAGCCUCGUACUACGUCGCCGAGGACAGCCCAGACAGUCAGCUUACACUGGAAGAAAAGCGAGAUUAUAUCCAUAGGUUUCUAGUAGCGACAACCGGAAUUGUAUAUGUUUACUCCCCUAAGCAAUUAUUAGAGCUGCUCGAAGAGACUGAACACCCAAGUGCCUCUGAUCCACCACAGUCUCUCCAAAAAGGCGCCAUCAUCGACUUGGCUAUUGCCGUCGGCGGGCAAGGUUGUAGAACAAGCCCCAAAACUCUUUAUCAUGCCCAGAAGCAUUUUGACCGUGGACAAAAGGUAGCCUUUGAUGGUAUGCUGCUUAACCCUACAGGCGAACUAGUUGCUAUCUUUCUGCUCAUGAGUAUCUAUAUGGUGAAUGCGUGCAAGAGAGACGGGGCCUUCAUAUAUCUUGGUGUUGCGACUCGAGUGGCACAUGCGAUAGGGAUGCAUUUGCCGGAUUCUUAUCGCAAUUUGACACCAGAAGUACAUCGAUUCAGGCUUCAGGUAUGGAAAAGUCUGCGUAUCUUGGAUAUCGGAUUCGGAGCAGUCCUAGCCCAAACCCCAGCGUCUUCACCAAGACGUGGAAUAAGUGACCCAUCAUUCUCGGUCCCAGACGGACCAGAACCCUGUACGCCAGAAUUCACAUCCAUGUCAGCGUGCUAUGGAGUCUGCGUUAUACUCGAACAGAUCACAUAUCUCCUCAACAACAAACAGGACACGAGCUUGACAUCAACAAAAGAAAUCCUCAGACAACUUCGAGACUGGAGCUCGGCACUGCCGUCGAGCAUGACGAACUGCACGGUCAGCUCCCCGAUCUCACCGGAGAAGUGGUGGCAGACUUUGGGCAACUUUGCUGUCUCGAUCUUUUAUUACUACACUGUUAUGCUGGCUACUAGACCGGUUCUGAUAUCGUACAUGCUGGGGAGGCUGAAACGCCUGGAUCGCUCGGAUGGUGCCUUUGGGGAAUAUCCUGCCAGUGAUGCGGAGACGAAGGAGUUGGCACAGGUCUGCAUUGAUGCGUCUGUAUUACUGAUCGAGACUACGCGAAGAACACAAUCUGCUGGCCUGCUCAUACAGAACAUGACGUUACUAAAAGCUUGGAUAUUUAGCGGCUGUCUCAUCCUGGCCUUUUCUCUCUUCGUCGAGGCCACAUUGUCAGAAAGAUCAACAACAUUCGAGACAGAGGCCGCUCUACAUAGUGGCAUUGGCCUCAUUAGAGACCUGGAUCGAACAAGUCCUCAAGCCCAUCGCUAUCUAGACGUGUUGACAGAGCUUCGCAACUCCCUACAGAGUUAUCGAGAACGUCUCGUUCCACCCAAGAGAGAGAGUAGCGGGCAGUUUCUUAGCCAGAUAUUCGUCCUGGACCAGGAGAGGAGUGCUCCGCCAGAUGCAGACACUGACAUGUCAACAUUGGCAUCGUCAAUUGUGCCGCCGGAGCUGGGUGACGAGACAUCUGGAGGUCUGCUAUUGUUGCAGCAGGUGACGGAGGCAACGCAUAGUAUGGCGAGUAUGUGGCGCAUACCAGAUGAAAGCCAAGGGUUUGGUGAUGAAGGCUUGCCCAUGGCAUUGGGGGCAUCUGAUUUACACUGGAAUGGAAUUAUUCAGGGAACAGACAACUUUUUGUUUGAUACGGAGCCAUUUACAGACAUGCUGAGCCAUUUCUAA